UUACACUAGUGAAGUUUAAACCGUUGCUCCAAUCAUAACUCAUAAUAAAUAACUAAUUUGCAUAAAACGGCGAAAACAUUAGCAGUUGAAGCUCUGUGUCACAAACCUACGCAAAAAUUGUUUGCUAGUGUGAACGGAUGGUUCUGUAAGGAAAUGAGGAAGUUCUUUGUUGUUGUUUUUUGGAGAACUUCUGCAGUUCUUCUGCUCUUCUGUCUCUAAGGAUUUUAUCUUAAAAGUGCUUUUCUUCAUUAUCUACAAAAGCUGAAUAUUUGGAAAUCACACUCAUUUUUUUUUUCUAAUGUACGGAGCCUACGAUUUUUAAACUUGGUGGAAGUGGACGAGGGCGCGUUAUAAACGUCAGGACGAGACUCGCACACACUUUUCGGCUGCUCAUCUUGCACUUUGACGUCGUUUCGGGGUUGUGGUUCUGUCGCUCUUCAGGCUGUUAGCCAAGUUUACAUGUAACGUUCUGCUGCGCAAACCGGACACACUCCUACUUUUAUUAUAAUUAUUAUAAUUAUUAGUGUCCGUAUUUUCACUUUAGACAGUAUAUAAUAUUGUCCGAGUCUUGCCAAGCUAAGUGGUUGCCAUGGAAACAUACCUUACUUAAAAAUAGCUUUCACUCGUCACUGAUAAGGGUGUGCUGAUAAUCAGUUAUACGAUAUAUUGCAAUAUUUAACACAAUAUUAUCUUGAGCACUUCCAAAUCACAGGGUGGAAGCUAAAAUUUUGGCUAUUGGGAGAAAGUAAAUUGUUACGAUAAAAAAACGUUCUACGAGCAGCAGUGCACGUUACCAUGGUAACAUUAUAUAACAUGAUAAAACGCUAGGUAAUGAUCGUGAGAGACGUCAACGAGACUGAACUGACAUGCUGGAAAUUCAUAUUGUGCUAAAUUUAAUAAUAAUAGAUUUAUUAAUUUAUGCUUUAGUCUGUAGUUCCACUGAGUUUCGCCGAAAAAACAAAAACCUAAAAACGAAAAAAAAAAAAAUAAAGAAAAAAUAAAAACGCUCUGUUUGGGCAUCAAAAAAUGUUGACGCAAAAUGUAGCUAACAAUUAAAGGUGUGCCACUCAGAUUUUUUUUUCUAUAAAUACACACCCACAUCAUCUAUGUAUUGUAAGCAAUUUCAUUCAUCUCUGUAACUACUCUGUCUUUAAAUUUUAGGAGGCGGAGCCUAAAUGGGGGCGGAGUCAAAGCAGUCAAAGCUGCAGGGAAAAAAGUCGUAUAAAAUUUCAGCUUCAGCUACACAGUGAACAUGUGGGUGUGGUUUAUAAUUUUUUUUUUUCGUGUGUGUGUUUGUCAUUAACCUCGUAACUUCAGUGCAAAAACUACAAACACGUUGACUUUUUAUUUUUUUGGAAUAAAGAUGGACAUUUUGGAUUAUUUUUGUUUCUUUAAAUGCUGAUUACACCAAGAGUUCAUUUCACUACUUUAUUGUUCUUCCAUUUCAAAGUUGUAUUAAUAUCUCGAGUGUCUUUUUUUUUUUUUUUUGCUUAGAAGCGAAUGUGCCAUUAAUCAGUUAUUCAGUGUAUCGCAAUAAUCCUCUGUAUUGUCACCCCUUGUUCCAAUCAGAAGUAGGCUGCCUAAGUAGGGAGCAAUAUUUAAGUCCGUCUGAAUGAUCCCUUACUUUGGACAUCACAUUUCCAUCUCGGGGAAAACAAUCCCAUAAUUCUACUUUAAAAACACUGAUAUGGGAACUGAAUACUGGCACGUACUUGGAUCUUCUACACACACACACACACACACACAUAUUGAGCUGGAAUUAAAUAACUGUGUGUGUGUGUGUGUGUGUGUGUGUGUAGAAAACAUUGACCUGAGCAGAUGAAGAUGAUGUCCUGUUUCUCUGAAAGCUUCAAGACUGAAGCUGAAAGCUGGAUUUUUCAGUCUGUUGUAGAAAGUUUGUGAAUUAAACUUCUUUUAGCAUUAAAGCUUUAAAAGACA